AUGGCUCUGUCAAUGGUGAAACUGGUGGAGGUGAAGAGAAAGAAAUGGCAGUCCAAGAUCAAGGGGCAGGUUUUAGCGAUUUUGGGCAGAGUUUUAUUAGCUUGUCGUAAGAAACAAGAAAGGAACCAGAAGAAACAAGAAAACGCAAACCCUAGCUUACCGGAUGACCUAGUAGAAGAGAUUCUUCACCGUCUUCCUGUGAAAACGUUGGUAAGAUUAAAAUCAGUAUCGAAAGAAUGGAAAUCAAUGAUGGAAUCGAGCUAUUUAGCAGAGAGACACCUCCGUUGUCUCGUCCUUGAGAAAAAGUAUGAAGAGAUGAAAAUCACUGUUCAAAAGUCGAAAAACAGCUUGUGUGUAAAGUUUUUCUCGAAAUGCGGAAGAGUAGUGAGUUGUGAGGGAAGUUCAGAAGGUCGUGUUCGAGUUGCUGGUUCUUGUAAUGGUUUGGUCUGCGUACACGAGUUGGAUUCCGUCAACGUUUAUCUAUGCAACCCAAUGACAGGUGUGACACGGACACUUACUCCUCCUCCUGAUCAUGCUAAUUACAACAAAGUUUCAGUUGGGUUUGGGAUAGAUGUUGUGACGGGAACAUACAAAGUGGUGCUUUUUUAUUACGGCUUCUUCAGAUUAUUGGAAACAUUGGUUUUCGAUUUCGGCACUAGCAAGUGGAGGCCGAGGCACAAAACCGCUGGACCGAUCCCACUUUCUUGCGUUCCAAGUCGUGAUAGAAACCCAGUCUUUGUAAACGGCUCACUCUUCUGGUUGUUGGAAAAUGACUCUUCGGAGAUACUAGUUUUGGAUCUUCACACUGAAAUGUUCCGUACUUUGUCCACAUCCAACGAUAUGGGUGUGUUAUUGGGUGACAUUUACAUUUUCAGUUUCGAGAAUCGUCUCUGUUUCUUUCAUUUCAGGCAGAUCUUUAGAUUCAUGCCAGCCGCGUCUCCGGAUUACGUGUGGGUUCUUGUAGAGGACGAGAGGUGGGAGAGAAUUACAUAUCGACGCUUAGGUAUCCGUAAUCCUCCAAUAAGCUUGGAUUCAGCUUGGUUUUCACAGACCUUAGUUUCUCCGUACCAGUCCUCGUCUAGCACAUGUAUCAUCGGUUAUAGACAAAGUGAUGGAGAUACGAGAGUCAUGGACGCGCCCAUCGAGCUAAUGAUACCUUUGUUUUAA